GCCAAAUCUUAUCAAAUCACACCCCUCGGCAUCCGAAGCAGAUAUUGUUUCUCUUCAUUCCGGAAACCAUCGCGCCCAAGUUCAUAUUUCACAACCGCACGUCGAACGACCCGCCACCACAAGACAAUGCGAUGAAGGAUAUAUAAAUCAUAUAUAUCCUUCAUCGCAUUUCUUCAUCGUGGGUCUCAAUUCAAUCAAAAUCCCCCCCCCCCCUCUUCCCUCUUCCAACCAGAUAGAGCUUUCAUAAACAACAAUGCGAUGAAGGAUACAUAAUCCCCAUAUCCUUCAUCGCAUUCUUCCUCCUCGCGCGUGGCUCGCAAUUCAAUCCACCCCCCGCUUCCAUUCCUCUUCCAACCAGAUUAACCCUUUUUUUCAUAAAAAACAACAAUGUCGAUAAUCCCAAGCAACACGACGUGGGUGACCGAAGAGGUUUGCUACGCCUUCCCUCCAAGGGUUCGUUCCGGCGGAAUUUUCAUCAACCAAGGACCUUCCCCCCUCGAAAAUCUCCUCUCUGCCUCGGUCACCCUUCUCAACGUCCAGGUUCUCCUCAUCCUCUGCCUCAGCAACGCCCUGCAUUUCGUCUUCCGCUAUCUCGGGGUCGUCCCCUUCGUCACUCAGUGCCUGGCAGGGGUGAUUCUGGGGCCGACGCUUCUGGGCAGAUGGGACUACUACAAGAAGGUGUUUUUCCCCCACGCGAGCCAGGACUCGUUGGGGGCGCUGGCGAUGACGGGUUACUCAUUCUUCAUGUUCAUGACCGGGGUCAAAACCGACGUCGGAAUGCUGAUUCGCUCGGGGAGAAAGACCAUGGUCCUAGGAAUCGCAUCCGUCCUAGUCCCUUACUUCAUCGGCCUAGCUUUCCAAGCCAGCCGCCUCCUCUCCCGCCCGGGGCUAAUGGAGAGAAUGGAGAUCAUCGGCUUCACCGCGCUCCAAGCCAUGACAACUUUCCCCGUCGUCUCCCACCUCCUCGUCGAGCUCAAGCUCACCAACUCCGAGCUAGGCAGGCUCGCUCUAUCCUCGUCCCUAGUCUCCGGUCUCGUAGCAGCCUGUCUCGAGCUCAGCGCCAUCCUCACCACCGAGAAGCACGGCCCACUUCAAGCCACACUGACCGUCCUUCUAGUUCUCUUCGCGGCCUUGGUCCUUCGUCCAGCCAUGCUUUGGGUGAUUAAGCAGACUCCUCAAGGGAAGAAGCUACAUUCAUCAUGCGUCCCCAUCAUCGUAGCCAUUGCAUUGUUGUACCAAAUAGGGUUUGACGCCCUAAAGCAGUCUCAAGCAUUGGGUCCAUUCAUCCUAGGGCUGGCUGUCCCGGCGGGCCCACCGUUGGGUUCCGCGGUGAUCGAAACCCUAGAGGUUGUAACCAACUCCAUCCUCUUCCCGGUCUUCGUCGCUACAUGUGCCAUGAGGGGAGAUAUCUACACCAUGAUAACAACAGGGUUCAACAACAAAAGAUACUACUUCCAAGCGAUAUUGGCCUCCUUCGUCGUCAAGUUUCUCGCGUGCUUGUUGCUAUCCGUGCCGUGGAUGCCACGAUCCGACUCCGCGGUCCUCGCUCUCAUCAUGUGCUCCAAGGGCAUCUACGAGCUCAGCGUGUUCGCCGUCCAGAGGGACACCCAAGCCAUAGCCGAGCCGUUGUUCUCCUUGUGUCUGGCCUAUAUCGUUCUCAACUCUACCGUCAUCCCCAUCAUCGUGAAGCACCUCUACGAUCCCUCGAGGAAGUACGCGGGUUACCAGGCGAGGAACAUGUUCAGCCUGAGGCCCAACAGCGAGCUCAAGGUUCUUGCAUGCAUCCACAAGCCGCACCACGUCGGCUACAUGAUCAACCUGCUCGACGUCAUGUGCCCGACGGAGGAGAACCCUGUAGGAGUCUACGCCCUCCACUUGAUCGAGCUCGUGGGCCGUGCCACGCCCAUGCUCAUCUCUCACCAGAAGCAGAAGGCCGUCUCGGACAACUGCUCGAUCGAGGUCAUCCUCGCGUUCAACCAGUACGAGAGGAGGGCAUACGGCGUCGCGUCGGUCAACACGUUCACGUCCAUCUCUCAGACCAAGUUCAUGCACGACGACAUCUGCACGCUCGCGCUCGACAAGUCCACCGUGCUUCUCCUGACCCCGUUUCACAUCACGUGGGGUCUCGAUGGGAGCGUGGAAGCGGAAGAUAACACCAUGAGGGCGCUGAACUCUAGGGUUUUGGAACGAGCGCCUUGCUCCGUGGGGAUCUACUUCAACCGUGGGAACGUUAGGGUUAACGAUGGCGGCGCAGCACGAAGUUCGGAUGCUUCUUCUUCUUCUGCUGCUGCCUUGUCGUCUGCGUAUUCGGUGUGUGUGAUCUACUUGGGUGGAAGGGAUGACCACGAGGCGUUGUGUUUGGGUGCUCGCAUGGCGAGGGACACGUCGUUGGAGCUCACCAUUCUCCAUCUCGUCUCUAGGGAGGAUGCCAAUGUGACAAAUAAUAACAGGGCGAACAGGUUGUCGCAUGAGAGAAUGAUCGACCAAGUGGUGUUGAAGGAAGCGAUGCAGAAAGUUGCGAACUCGCCGAACGUGAGGUACAGUGAAAAGGUGGUGGAGGAUGGACCUCAAACUGCAACGGCGGUUCGAGCGGUUGCCGGUAAUUAUGAUUUGUUUGUGGUUGGGAGAAGGGACGGGGUGGAUUCGCCUCAAACUGCUGGACUGGCGGAAUGGAGUGAGUUUCCGGAACUAGGGGUGAUUGGAGACCUGUUGGCCUCGAAAGAUCUCGAGACCAAAGCUUCUGUACUGGUGGUUCAACAACAAAAGCAGUUCAAAUAGAAAAAAAUAUGAUGUACCAAACAGAAGUAUAUAUGUGUAUUUGUACAUCUGCAAUUGCUAAUGAAAGUUGAUUCGAUCUCUUGCAUGUCUGUGACGUAACAUUAUUCGCC